UCAUUAUUGGGGAUUCGGCUUUUCGAUUUAGCAAACAACUAAUGAAACCGUAUCCAUUUAGCGUAAAUCAAAAUAAUGGUGAGAAGGUAUUCAACUACGCUCUUUCGAAAACACGUAGAGUUGUCGAAAAUACUUUUGGACACCUCAAGGCCCACUUUCGCCGCAUCGGAAAAGGAAUUGACAACUCUGUACGGAAUGCCAACUCCAUAAUAAAAGCAUGUUGCGUCCUUCACAAUUUUUUAAAUUAUAACAACGACACGCUAAACACUAAAUGGUUACGCGCUUUGGAAGAGUUGGAGACUAGACGCCAGAAUCCGUGUGAAAUUUCAUAUGCAUCUGACGACCCAAUUAAUGGAGAAAUGAUUCGGACAGCACUUUGUACAUAUUUUGCAUCACUCGGCUCGGGAGACGGUACUGGUAGCGAAGAAGUAUCGCUUGGCGACAUCGGCAUAGCUGAGGGCGAUGGUAGGCAAACCGGCGAUGACAAUGGAGAUGCAGCAACGAAUGUAGAAGACGAAGCCGUUUCCACCGAAAUUUAG